AUGGAAUUGCAGGGAGCCAGAGAUGCAACAGCAGGGACCGGGGAAGCCGGCUCCUCGGCAGAUGGAGCUGGCUUAGUAGGGUGGGUGGACGGGGGGAGGGUGACAGGGUCCCCAGCGGACAGAGAACUACAGCCACCUGGAGCUGCUGCUGUCUACCGAAGCCAAGCCGGUGAAGCCAAGCGGGCGACAAUUUGGCAUGAGAAAUGGGAAGGCGUCAAUCCUCAGGAGGCGCAGAUGGCGGUGCUAAGGGAUUCAGAGCGCAUGGGCUCUGUGGGCAAGGCGGAGGGGACCCACACCGGCCGCCCACGCUACAGCUUCUUGGAGCCACAGGUGAGAGUCUGGUGGCAGGUGGACCCGAAAGGGGACGAGCAGCCCCCACACCUGAACCCGCCAUGCCCCACUGUGACAUGGAGCUCCCGAGACAAAGACCAGGAGGGGAUGUUUCCGCAGCGGAACCUCAGGGGCAGAGCGCCCGGGGCGCAGGGGACGUGUUUGCGUGCGCACUCGCCCUCACCCAGCAGCGGCAGCGGGCGGCCGUGGCGGCGGCGGCUGAAGGUGAGGCGGUUCUGCGCAGGCGCGGCUGGGGCUCGGGGACGGGAAGAGUUGGCGAGUCUUUUCCAUCAGAGAGAAAACAGGGACCUCAGCUCUUAUGUCAACCUCACUCUGGAGUCCAUCAACAUGCUCCUGGAACACAGGCGGUCCUUCAGCUAUCCUUUGCUCUUGCUACUACGUGACGAGCUCACCUUCUCUUCUGAUGUACGCCUCUCUGAUGCCUCUCCCUAUGAGCUGUCAUUCCGGCGUCUGGUUCAUGCUCUGGCCAAUUACAGGCAGGGCUCCUUAAGACUCAAAAAACAUGGCCAUCUCAGGAACCAUAUGUACUCCAACCAGUGCAGCUGUUCAGAAAAGGUCAUGCCAGUGGUCACCAGAGCUUUGGGUUAUGGGGACAGAAUCGCCCUCAUUGACUACCAAGGACAACACACAUACAAAGACCUUUACUUUAGAAGUCUUCGCUUGUCCCAAGUAUGCAAGAUUCAUGACUGUCCUGACGGAGACAUUAAGGGAAAAAGGAUCUCCUUCAUCUGCUCUAAUGACGCGUCUUAUGUCGUUGCCCAGUGGGCAUCCUGGAUGAGUGGAGGCGUUGGUCCGCUGUAUAAAAAACAUCCGGUGUCUGAGCUGGUGUAUUUCAUUCAGGACUCCCAGAGCUCUUUGAUCAGUGCUAGCAGUGAGUAUGUGGAGCACAUAAUGCCCAUUGCUAACAAAAUAGGGGUACCAUUACCUCUUCCAUCCACAGUCUGUGACAGAGAAACUGAGGGGCUGAAUCCAAUAGCUCCUCCCCAGUUAGAGUGGAGAGAUCGAGGGGCCAUGAUCAUCUACACAAGUGGGGAAGACGGGAGGCCCAAAGGAGUCCUGAGUACACAUCAGAAUCUCAAAGGCCGUGAUACAGGGCUUGUUGACAAAUGGGCAUGGAAAAAAACCGAUGUGAUCCUUCAUGUCCUUCCACUGCACCAUGUCCAUGGGUGGGUCAACAAGUUGCUUUGUCCACUGUGGGUGGGAGCUACCUGCAUCAUGCUGCCUGAAUUCAAUGCCAAAGAGGUUUGGGAAAAGUUCCUAAGCCCUGAAAGGCCACGGAUGAAUGUUUUCAUGGCAGUGCCCACCAUUUAUUCCAAAUUGAUGGAUUAUUAUGAUGAACAUUUCACUCAGCCUCACGUCCAGAAUUUUAUACGUGCAGUCUGUAAAGAGAAAAUCAGGUUAAUGGUGUCAGGAUCUGCUGCCCUUCCAGUGCCCGUCCUACAAAUGAAAAAUAUCACAGGGCACACUUGCUAGAGAGAUAAUGGAAUGACAGAGAUUGGAAUGGCACUGUCUAACCCCCUGAAGGGUCUUCGUGUACCAGGUUCUGUGGGUACUCCAUUACCUGGAGUAGAGGUGCGCAUUGUCUCUGAGAACUCUAGGAACGAGAGCCAACCUUACACCAUUCAUGCCCAAGGGGACCAGAAUGGAACUAAGGUGACUCUGGGCUCAGAGAACAAAGAAGGGGAACUUUUGGUCAGAGGCCCUACAGUAUUCCGAGAAUACUGGAACAAGCCUGAAGAAACCAAGAGUGCUUUCACAUCCGAUGGCUGGUUCAAAACAGGAGAUACAGCUGUGUUCAAGGAUGAUAGGUACUGGAUCAGGGGCCGGACAUCUGUGGACAUCAUUAAGAGUGGCGGUUAUAAAAUCAGCGCUCUCGAAGUGGAGCGCCAUUUAUUGUGCCACCCAAGCAUCGUGGACGUGGCUGUCAUUGGAGUUCCAGACAUGACAUGGGGACAGCGGAUUACUGCUGUGGUGAAGCUUCGUGAAGACCACUCACUUUCUCUCAGGGAACUGAAAGAAUGGGCAAGAGGAUACAUGGCACCCUACACCAUCCCUUCUGAGAUCUUAUUAGUCGAGGAAAUCCCACGGAACCAGAUGGGGAAAGUCAACAAAAAAGAUCUACUCAAACAGUUUUACUCUGUUUAGCUAGGCCCACGGCCUGGCCUGCAGGUAAAGCUGGGGUGGCCUCUUCUUCAGAGUUUGAAGUUGCCCAUUCACUCUGGUGAGUCUCCCUCCACCCCCCACCUUUCCUACAAUGGACCUCUAAUAACAGAAUACCUUUCUGAUUGGGCCUUGGAAAGAGGCAAGAAGAGAGAUGUCUCUGCUUUUAAUCACUUGUUUCAGAGCUGCUUAAACAAGAAUUAAACAGUGGAUUGUUCUAGAUUUCAUCUACUUAUGUUUUGAUUUGGGGGGCAGUCAAGAUGCCUUCCUCUCCUUCCUUUUUUUAGGAUGGAGGGCUGUUUUUCAUGUUCUCCCAAUCAGUAUCUGAGGACAUUUUACCAAUCUCGCUGUUUUCAUAAGCCUCCCCUGUGUCAAUAACAGAACACCAUCGUAAAGGUUCCGUAUAGAAGGGGAAAAGUCAGCCACGGGCCUGCUGGAAUGCUGUUCCCCUCCAACAGUUCUGAACCCCUUCUUCUGCUCUGGUCAUUGAAGGCUUUAGAUUUGUUGCUGAGGAUGGACUCGGUGGUGAUGCUGGUGGUGGUAGUGGUAGCCAGUUUCCAAGGGAAAUUUGUGCUUUGGAUUGGAGUAAACAUCAGUGGGGGUCUUCCCUUCAAGCAAUAUCAAUUCAAAGAAUUGAAUUAAGAGAGCCCAAGAGCAGACCUUCUGUGUGCUGUUUACCUCCAUGUACAGGAGAGAUAGAGCAAGCCCCAUACCUGCCACACUGUCAUUCCACCCUCACCACUGACCCAGCCACUUCAUUAAGAACAGGGCAUGAAGAGUCUGCCCAGGCUCUUGGCCAUUUGUGUUGGAAUUGGCACAGUUGCAAGACAUUAGGACUGUUUCUGUUCAACCAGAACAUAGGCUAAGUGGCCUUUACCUCAACACCCACUGAUGUAAUUCUUGGGCUAAGCAGCCCACCCCAUAGACCAAUUGGGAGUCAAUUCUGUGUCAUCCUCUCCAGUAGAAGCAAGAGAGCGGACAACCCCAUUAAGCCACAGAGUAAAAAGCUGCCUUGGCACCUUUGUUUCCUAAGGAGCCAUAUAAGAACUUGGGGGGAAGGGGAGAGAGUGGAGCUCUCAUUCCCUUCCCCACUACCAGCCUCCUCUCUCUGGGAUGCUCAUCCACCAUACUGUUUAUAUCUAUCAGCCUCGGGCCAUAUGCAACUCAUCCCCAGAUGAAAUUGCUGUUUAAAUUAAACUUCUC